CUUCAUCAUCGGCUUCCACCUCGGCUGCCGGCAACCAGCGCGCCUUCUGGAUCGGCUUUCAGUCGAUUGACCAGCUGAGCACGAACACCAUCGAGUCGGCGAGCGGCCGCUUCGUCUCCAAGUACGUCGGCUUUUGGGCCUACGAUGAACCUAAUGUGGCCGCCGGCCAGUGCGUCCGCGCGAAGGUCAUUGAAGGAGGCGGAGGUGGCUCGAGAGGCAGCGAGUGGUCUCUGGCCGAAUGCGAAGACCUCCUCCCCUUUGUCUGCCAGCGACAGACCUGCCCGGCGGGGGCCUUCCACUGCAGCAACGGCAAGUGCGUCGCCGGCAGCUUCCGCUGCGAUGGCAGCGAUGACUGCGAGGACAACUCCGACGAGGCCGAUUGUCCGCGGAAGUGCACCUACUACCUGCAGAGCAGCGGCGACAAGGUGGUCAGCCCCAAUUACCCGAACAAGUACGAGCCGAAUGCGGACUGCAAGUGGACGCUGGAGGGCCCGGUCGGCAGCGGCAUGGUCCUCCAGUUUAGCGAGUUCGACACCGAGGUCAACUUUGACCAGGUGUCGAUUCUGGUCGGUGGGCGGACGGAGGAGACCAGCACGACGCUGGCCACCCUUUCCGGUCACCAGAAUAUAACGUCAGCUCGAAGUGGGGGCGAAAUCUCGAUGCCGCCCUUCAAGACGGCCAGCAAUCUGAUGAUUGUCAAGUUCCGCUCGGAUGCGGCCGUUGAGAAGCGGGGCUUUCGGGCCUCCUGGAAGACGGAACCACUUAAGUGUGGUGGGGAGUUUUUCGCCAUGCCCAGCAGCAGCCAUCAUCAAGGAGGAGGAGGAGGGGGAAGUUCGGGAGUUCAGACGAUCAGCUCGCCCCAUUACCCGUCUUCCUACCCGGGCGGCCUGGAGUGCGUCUACGUGAUCACCGCACCGCAGGGGAAGACGGUGACGCUGGAGCUGACCGAGCUGGACGUCGACCCGGAGAAGGGCGACUACCUCCUCAUCAGAGAUGGGCCCAACUCUCAGUCCGCUCCGCUGGCCCGCUUCACCGGAAACCUCACCGCCACGCUGCGCCCCUCCCACGAGCGUCGCGGCUUUGGCGUGAAGACCAAGCCCACGGGGCUGACGUUGACCGCCUCCUCCGGGCGAAUGACGCUGCUCUUCAGGACGAACGCCCUCAAGGCGGCCCGCGGCUGGUCGGCCAACUUUAGCGCCGACUGCCCGCCGCUGAAGAUUGGCCGCAAUGCCAUCGCCUCCGCCCGCGGCUCAAUGUACGGCAGUCGGGUGGUGUUCACCUGUCCGCUGGGGCAGGAGUUUAGCACGGGGGCGGUGCGGCUGGAAACGGCCUGUCAGAUGGGCGGCAGGUGGUCGCUGGAGGCGGUGCCCAACUGCCAGGAGCGGUACUGCGGGCCGGUGCCGCAGAUUGACAAUGGCUUUGCGGUGGGCGCCACUAAUGUCACCUAUCGGGGGGUGGCCACCUAUCAGUGCUAUGCAGGAUUUGCCUUCCCCUCCAACUACCGCACCGAGUCGAUUCGCUGCGGCGAGGACGGCCGCUGGGAGAAGCUGCCCAUCUGCCUUGCCUCCAGCUGUCCACCCCUGCCGGAGACGCCCCAUGCCAUUCAGACGAUAAUGGCCGGCUCGCGGAAUCGCUCCUACGGAACGAUAGUCCGCUUUGAGUGCGAGUCGGGCUACCACCGACGGGGCGUUCCCGUCAUUGUCUGCACCAGUGUAGGUCAGUGGAGCGGCCAGCCGCCGAUCUGUGAGCGGGCUCGCUGUCCGACGCUGCCGGAAAUUCGAAACGGGUACAUUCCCGCAUCCAGUACUAACGAUUUGGACGUCAAAUUUGGCGACGAGCUGCGCGUCUUCUGCAACCGAGGCUACCGCCUGGAGGGCCACUCGAUCAUUCGCUGCGCCGGAAAUCAGUCCUUUGCCAAUGUGCCCUCCUGCGUGGACAUUGACGAGUGCGGCGGAACUACCUGCGACAUGGCCAGCACCCGCUGCACCAACACCGACGGCGGCUUCUUCUGCAAGUGCAAGCCCGGCUUUGAGCCCAAUCUCAACUGCCGCCCAGUCUCCGAUCUAGGCCUGAGCACGGGCGCCAUUCCCGACGUCUCCAUUCGCGUCUCCGGCACUGAGGCGGGCUACUCCAAGGCGGACAUUCGCCUGGACACCUCUUCUCGAAGUUCAACUUCCGGUUCCGGCGGAAGCGGCGGAAACGGCUGGUGCGGCGCCUCGCAGCGCCUGGGCGAGAACUGGGUGCAGGUGGACCUGCGCGCCGCUGUAGUGAUCCGCGGCUUCCGCAUUCAGUCGGUGCAGCGCCUGCGUCCAUUGACGACCACCUCCAUUGAAGGUGGGCACUCCCAGGCCUACCCGAUGACCGUCCGCCUGCAGUACGCCGACGACCUGACCGACCUCUUCCGCGACUACUCGGACAUUGGCGGGCGGCCGGUGCAGUUCCGCCUGGCGCCCAACGGCGGCUCGGGCCUCUCCAUCGUCAACCUGCCCAUUCCCCUGGAGGCGCGGUACAUUCGCAUCGUCAUCAUGGAGUUUGCCGUCGCCCCCUGUAUGCGCUUCGAGCUGAUGGGCUGCAGUCGGCAGGACUGCCUGGACGUGAAUGAGUGCCUGGAGCGGAACGGGGGCUGCGACCAGCGGUGCGUCAACUCACCUGGGUCCGCUAGCUGCCACUGCAAUGUCGGCUAUGAACUUUAUACCGCAAACGGAACAGCAGGCUUCACCAUACCUCCCUCGGAAACGGGCACCCGCGAUGGGGACACCUACCGGCUGAAUAAGACCUGCGUCCCCCGGCAGUGUCCCCCGCUGGCCGCCCCCGAGAAUGGCCAGCUGCUGAACACGGCGGCGAGGCAUCAUUACGGCGAUGUGGUGACCUUUAGCUGCGAUUUCGGUUACGUGAUGACCGGCGGGUCGAGGGCGCUGGCCUGCGGCCCGAAUGGCGCCUGGAACGGCACCGCCCCGGAGUGUCACUAUGCGCAGUGUUUGGCCCUUUCAGACGACCCAUCGCAGGGGCUGAAGUUGGAGUACGAGCAGCUGAACAGUGGUGAAGGAAACGGAAAUGGAAAUGGAAACUCUCCCGCCAAGCUGGUCCCCUACCUCAGUCGGGCGAAUGUGAGCUGCAGUGAGGUGGGCCGACCUAAUGCCGGGACGGCACUUUCCACCCGCCGACAGUGCGUCUACGAUCCGCGAGAGGGACGGCCGGAGUUUUGGUUCAGCGGUGCGCCCCCGUCCUGUCCGAAGGUGGACUGCGGCAAGCCGAUGGACACCACCGGGUCGACGUACGGUUUCUUCGUGGACACGCAGUACAAAUCCAACUUUUACUUUGGCUGCGACGAGACCUUCACCAUCGGCGGCAAGACCAGUCGCUCCGACAGCACCGUCCGCUGCUCCGCCAAGGGCCACUGGGACUUUGGGGACCUCCGCUGCGAGGGCCCCGUCUGCGUCGACCCGGGCCACCCGGCGGAUGGCACCCAGCUGGCGACCAGCUACGAGCACGGCUCUCAGGUGCGCUUUGCCUGCAACCGACCCGGCUAUGUCCCCCUUACCUCUGAGCCAAUUACCUGCGUCAAGGAGGCGGACUGCAGGGUGAUCCGGCCGCUGGGCAUCACCUCGGGGGCGAUUCACGACCAUUCGAUCAACGCCAGCAGCUACCGAAUCAACUACGAGCCGAGGAAGGUUCGGCUGCACUCGGCCACCGGCUGGUGCGCCGACCCCAAGAAGAAGGAGGCCUUCCCCUAUCUCCAGGUCGACCUAGGUCGGGUCCAUCGAAUUCGAACGCUGCUGGUGAAGGGCGUCAUCACGCCGGACAUUGUGGGCCGCCCCACUGAGCUGCGCUUCUUCUACAAACGAGCGGAGACGGACAACUUUGUCGUGUACUUUCCCAACUUUAACCUCACCUACCGGGAGGAGGCAGGGAACUAUGGGGAGCUCACAGCGUUGACCCUUCCCUCUACUAUUGUCGCUCGGUACGUCAUCCUCGGCAUCACCUCCUACCAGACGAAUGCCUGCCUGAAGUUUGAGCUGCUCGGCUGCGAAGAGCCCGGUAAGAAGGACGAGCCGGUGCUGCUCGGCUUCAACGGCGCCGCGCCGGCCUGUGUCGACCGGGAGCCGCCCCGCUUCGCUAACUGCCCCACCACUCCGAUCAUCGUCAGCAAGAGUCCCACGCUGGGCAUUCUUCCGGUGAACUUCACCGUCCCGACGGCCACUGACAACAGCGGCUACAUUGCCCGCUUCGAGGUGAGCCCCCUCGGCUUCCGCCCGCCGGUCACCAUCUUCAACGACACCUCGGUGGAGUACACCGCCUACGACUCGGACGGCAAUGUGGCCGUCUGUCGGGUGAACAUCACCGUACCGGAGACCACUCCCCCCGCCCUCAGCUGCCCGCAGUCGUACGUCAUUGAGCUGAUUGAGCAGCGGGACGUCUACGAGAUUGCCUUUGCCAAUGAGACGCGGCGGCUGAUCAACGCCACCGAUGAAUCGGGCGAAGUGAGGAUCACCUUUGACCCGCCGGCGGCCUCCAUUCCCAUGAAGGGCUACCGCAAUGUGACCGUCCUGGCGGUGGACCGUUUCGGUAAUGAAGCGAGCUGCCACUUUCAGGUAUCGGUGCAGCCGAUGGCCUGUGUGCCGUGGUCGCUGGUUCGGCCGGCAAAUGGGGAGGUCGCCUGUCGGCAGAACGAGCUGGCGAAUGGGUACCGCUGUGCGUCCAAGUGUAAUACCGGAUACCGCUUCGUGGACGGCGACUCGGUGAAGAUCUACGAGUGCACCGCCUCGGGCACCGGCAGCGUCAGCGUCCACUGGUCCCCUGCCAACGUCAUCCCUGACUGCGUCCCGGAGCCGGUCAGCCCGGAGGACGACUCCAACUACGACGUCCAGGCGACGAUUCACUACCGCAGCGGCGGCUUUGCGCCCGCCUCCUGCAUCGCCGCCUACCAAAGCUACGUGGCCAGCUUCUUCCGCCAGCUGAAUGAGCUGCUCUCGAAGCGGUGUGAGGCGGCCACCGGCACCAAAAUUGACGUCCACUUUGCCAACAGCAGCGUGGCGAUGAAGGCCGACACGAAUGAGCUGUCGAUUACCUACGUGCUGCGGAUUGAUACCAGCGCCCGGCAGCGCUCCUUUUACGAGCACUGCGGCAUGACGCUGGGCAUUGCCUUUGACCUGAGCGUGCCGAGCUCCUCGCACAUCAUCGAAUCGCUGCUCAAUAUUGACACGCAGCAAGUGAGCAGCUGUCCCAGUUUGAAUGCCCUGCGCUCCUCGGUGGAACGCGGCUUCACCUGCCGCCCCGGCGAGGUGCUGAACGCCCUGAACGCCACCGAGUUUGAGAAGAAGAUUCCCCGGUGUCUGCAGUGCGCCGCCGGCACCUACGCCUCCGAAGACAUGCGCCGCUGUCUCCCCUGUCCCCUGGGCUGGUACCAGGACACGGGGCGGGCACCGGUCUGUCGCCAGUGCCCCGAGGGAACCUUCACCAAGUCGGAGGGCAGCAAGGGCGUCGGCGAGUGCAUUCCCGUCUGCGGCUACGGCACCUACUCCCCCACCGGCAUGGUGCCCUGUCUGCAGUGCCCGCUGAACACCUACUCGGGCGCCCCGCCGAAGGAGGGCUUCAAGGAGUGCGCCGCCUGCCUGGGCGCCACCUUCACCUACGCCCCGGGCUCGGUGUCCAUUGCGCAGUGCAAGAUCCGCUGUCCGCCGGGCACCUACUCGGAGACCGGUCUGGAGCCCUGUGCCCCCUGCCCGACGAACCUUUUCCAGGAACGGGAGGGCCAGACCACCUGCCACGAGUGCUCCGGCCUGGAGAGGACCCUCCGCCCAGGGGCCCUCAGCCGGGAGGCCUGCGUCAAGAGCGACUGCUCGGCAAAGUGCGAAAACGGGGGCGUCUGCGUGGUGACCCGCCACGAACCGUACUGCUACUGUCCGGCCGGCUUCACCGGCCGCCUCUGCGAGGUGGACGUCGACGAGUGCGCCUCCGCCCCCUGCUUCAACGGCGCCACCUGCGUGGACCACCCGCAGGGCUACAGCUGUCGCUGCCCGGCCGGCUUCAGCGGCCUGCAGUGCGAGAUUGAGCGGGACGAGUGCAACCUCGUCUCCUCAAACGGAAAAGCACAGCUGGAAGAAGUCUGCCCGGAGAAGUCAAUGUGCCAAAAUCUGCCCGGCAUCGGCCAGGUGAACUGCCUCUGUCGAUCAGGCUACGAGGGCCACAACUGCAAUGUCACCAUCAACCCGUGUUCGUCCUCUUCGGAGGGGGCGAACCCCUGUGAAAACGAGGCCGUCUGCGUGCCGCUCCUCCAAGGUCGCUACCACUGCCAGUGUCAGCCGGGCUGGACUGGAACCCACUGCUCGGUGAACAUUGACGACUGCGCCGAUGAGCCCUGUCUGCUGGGGGCGAAGUGCACCGACCUGGUGGCCGACUUCAAGUGCGACUGUCCGCCCGGUUUCACCGGGAAGCGCUGCGAGGAGAAGAUUGACCUGUGCAGCAGCCCUGGAAGCAGCACCGGAAGCUCCGGAAACAACGUCCAGUCCAGUCCCUGCGGCCCUCACGGCCUCUGCGUGGACCGGCUCUUCUUCCACGAGUGCAUCUGCCAGCCCGGUUGGACGGGCGCCCGCUGCGAGGAGAACAUCGACGACUGCGCCAGCUCCCCCUGCGAAAACGGCGCCGAGUGCGUCGACCUGGUGGAUGGCUUCCGGUGCGUCUGCGACGCCGACUCCUUCACCGGCAGCCGCUGCCAGCACGAGAUUGACGCCUGCGAGGGGGCGCCCUGUCAGAAUGGCGGCACCUGCCUCGACCAGGCGGUCGGCUUUGCCUGCCAGUGCAAGCCCGGCUACGUCGGUCUGCAGUGUGAGGCGGAAGUGGACGAGUGCGUCUCCAAUCCCUGUUCCCCGCUGGGCACGGAGCGGUGCGUCGACCUGGACAACGCCUUCCGCUGCGCCUGCCACGACGGCUUUGCGGGCGAGUUCUGCGAGACGAACGUCGACGACUGCGCCAGCAGCCCCUGCCUGAAUGGGGGCACCUGCACCGACCAGAUCAACGGCUACCGCUGCCUCUGUCCACUCGGCUGGAGCGGCCUCCGCUGCGAGAAGGACGUCGGCAUGUGCGACAGCAGCCCCUGCCACAAUGCGGCCAAGUGCGUCGACCUCUUUCAGGACUACUUCUGCGUCUGCCCCAGCGGCACGGACGGGAAGCGCUGUCAGACGGCGCCGCAGCGGUGCAUCGGCAAUCCCUGUCAGAAUGACGGGCAGUGCCAGGACUACGGCUCCGGUCUGAACUGCAGCUGCCCGGCCAAGUACGGCGGCAUCGGCUGCCAGUACGAGUUCAGGGCCUGCUCCGCCGGGGACCGCUGUCAGAAUGGGGCCACCUGCGUGGACAAGCCCGAUGGCGGAUAUCAGUGCCUCUGUGCGGCGGGUUUCACCGGCCCCAACUGCGAGGAGGACAUUGUCGACUGUCAGCCGACCAGCUGCCCGCCGUCUGCGACCUGCAUCGACCUGACCAAUGGUUUCCACUGCCGCUGCCCCUUCAACAUGACCGGCGAGGACUGCCGCAAGCCGAUCAACAUCGACUAUGACCUGUACUUCAACGACCGCUCGAGGGCGUCCAACGCCGCGCUGACGACUCCGUUUGCGCUGGAGCAGGCCGGCGCGAUGACCAUCGGCCUGUGGGUGCAGUACCAGGUGGCGGAGCUGAAGGGCGCCUACUUUACGCUCUACGAGGUGGACUCUCCGUACGUGGUGAGCAAGCUCAAGCGACCGCUGCUUCAAGCGAACCACGAGGGCGUCCUGGUGUCCCUCUUCAAGGAUGGCGGAAGCGGCGGUGGAAAUGGAAACGGAGGUGGAAAGCUCUCCUCUGACGUCUUCCUGCCCUACCUGGAGAAUGUGCCCAUCAACGACGGCCAGUGGCACUACAUUAACAUCAUCUGGAACGGCGCGGAGGGCGGCAGUCUGAUGCUGGUCACUGACACGGCGGUCGCUAGCACCGUCGCCGACUACGGAACCGGGGGGCGACUUCCCGCCUACGGCUGGGUCGCCCUGGGAGCCCCCUUCGAAGACGAACUCCCCCGACUGGGCGAAGGCUUCCACGGCCGCCUCAGUCGCGUCAACCUGUGGAACCGGCCGCUGGACAUGGCCGUGGAGAUUCCCUCGCAGAUUCGCAGCUGCAAAAACGCCCCGGUCAUCUACAGUGGCCUGCUGCUCCGCUGGACGGGCUACGACUCGGUGCUGGGCACGGUGGAGCGAGUGGGCCCGGGCCGCUGUGGCGAGCACGUCUGCCCGAACGGCUACAGCGGCGAGGACUGCCGGACGCUGGAGCAGGACAAGACGCCGCCGGAGGUGCUGCACUGCCCGCCGGACAUGUGGGUCAUCUCGGCGAAUACCAGCACCAUCGUCCACUGGGACGAGCCGGCCUUUGUGGAUGACCUCCGCUCGCUGGACGUCGUCGAGGUGGAGCGCAUCAAGUCGGGCGACUCGCUGAAGAAGGGCGUCUACGACCUCAGUUACCUGGCGACGGAUGCGGGCGGCAAUACGGCCCGCUGCGACUUUCAGGUGCACGUCAUGCGGGAGUUUUGCCCGCUGCCGGAGCCCCCGGUGAAUGGAAGUCGCGAGUGCUCAGACUGGGGCCCGGGUGGCCGCUUCAAGACCUGUACCAUCAAGUGCAAUCACCCGGGGCUGCACUUUAGUGAGCCGGUGCCGAAGUUUUACGUCUGCGGAGCGGAGGGCUUUUGGCGGCCGACGGCGCUGGACAAUGAUCUAAGUACGCCGAGUGGUGCACCGGACGCCUCGCCGCUCGUCUUUCCCGCCUGCUCGCCGCGCCAUUCGGCGCAGCGCAUCUUCCGCCUGGUGAUGAACUUUCCGACGGCCAGCUCGGUGGGCGUCUGCUCCGAGUCGGGCAAGAAGAUUCUGACCGGGCGGGCGGUGGAGAGCAUCAAUCGGGUGGACCGGGCGUGGAAGAUUUGCGCCGACUCGCCGCGGGGCAACUGCAAGGGCCUCUCCAUCUCGGUGAAGUGCAUCAAGGGUGGCGGAAAUGGUGGUCAAACUCCUGCUCAAAUCAGCGGUGGACACUCACUAAACAACCGAGUCACAAGAGCGGCAGAAGGCGGCGGCGGCUCUUCAGGAGGAAUCGACCAAGGGGGCGAGGAGCACCAGCCCGAGGUGUACAGCCUCGAGGUGAGCUUCCCCGCCAAUAAUGAUCCCAUCGUGGCGGCCACCUCUGGUUCAUCAUCCUCUUCAUCCUCCUCUGGAUCCUCUUCAUCAAACAACAACAACAACGGAAACAAUGGCAACGGCGGUGGUGGUGGUGGCCAGGACAAGGACAGCCUGGAGGCGAUCAUCCGCCGGGCGGUAGUGGAGUCGGCCAUCUUCGACGUCCGCGACACGCUGCCCAAUGUGGUGCCCGACCUGACCAGUCUGACGCUGGUCACCGAGUACGCCUGUCCGCCGGGCCAGGUGGUGAUCGGCAAUGCCUGCGUCGAGUGCGGCCAGGGCACGUACUUUGACAGCUCGGCGGGGGUGAACGGCGCCGGUGGGCGGUGCGUGAAGUGCGAGGUGGGCAGCUACCAGGACGGCCUGGGGCAGCUGCAGUGCAAGGCCUGUCCGGUGAUUGGCGACCGCCAGGGCGUCACCGUGUCCCGUGGCGCCCGCCACGUGGCCGAGUGUCGGGAGCGGUGUCCCCGGGGACGGUACUACGACCUGGCCAGUGGUGGUGGCGGAAGUGGUGGUGGCGGAUGCAAGGCCUGCGGCUACGGCUUCUACCAGCCGGCGGAGGGCGCCUUCAGCUGUGUGGCCUGCGCCACCGGGCUGACGACGCGAAGCGCCGAGGCGGUCUCGGCGAAGGAGUGCAGACCGGAGUGCAACGCCGGCUACCAACUUUCCUCGACCGGAAACUGCGAGGCCUGCCCGGUCGGCUUCUACCGCACCCGAGGCCAGCCCUCCUGUGAGGCCUGUCCGCCGGGCUUCACCACCGGCGACACUGCCGCCGUCAACAUUGGCAUGUGUAGUCUGGAAAUCUGCACCGUGGGCCACUACCUGAACCGGUCCACCGGCGAGUGCACCGCCUGUCCGAAGGGCACCUUCCAGGACGUGGAACAGCGCGACCCGAGCUGUCAGUCCUGCCCGCCGAACUCCACCACCAGCGGCCUGGGCAGCUCCUCGGUGGAGCAGUGCAGCAAUCCCUGCCUGAUCAAGGACCGCAUGCAGCUGUGUCCGGUCAACUCGCAGUGCGAGGCGCCCGCCGUCGGCUCGGAGGACUUCCGCUGCGUCUGCAAGGAGGGCUUCAAGGAGGCCGCCUAUGGCUCCUUUGAUGAGUCCAGCAACUCCAUUGUCAGCAGCCAUUCGGACAUGUCCUCCGCCUCCUCCUCAGUGCCAGCCUCGCCGGUGUGCAUUGACAUCUGCGAUGAUUACUGCAUCAACGGCGGCAAGUGUCACUGGCAGUCGGGCAUGAAGAAGCCCCGUUGCGAGUGUCUGAUCAACUUCUACGGCGACCGGUGCGAGCGCAAGUCGGAGCUGAUUUACAUUGCCGGCGGCAUCGGCGCCGCCGUCUUCUUCAUCAUCUUCAUCGUCCUCCUCAUCUGGAUGAUCUGCGUGCGGACGGCCACCCGCGGGCCGGGAGGACUCACCAAGAAGAUGUCCAUGCACACCAUUCCCAGACCGGGCUCGGCGGCCAACUUCUACUACGGCGCACCGGCCCCCUAUGCGGAGAGCAUCGCCCCGUCGCACCACAGCACCUACGCGCACUACUACGACGACGAGGACGACGGCUGGGAGAUGCCCAACUUCUACAAUGAGACGUACAUGAAGGAGAGUCUGCACAACAGCAAGUCCAACAAUGGGACGCUGCAGGGCAUCGCCAACCCCUCCAUCUACAGCACCACCAACAAGGAGGACCUCUACGAUCGGCUGCGCAAGCACCAGUACAUGGGCAAGAAGGGAGAACUGAAGCUCACUCGAAAGCGGACCACCACCACCGAUCAUCGGCGGCUAAGCCCCGAGGAGGCGAUUCAGGCGGCGAUGGACCGCUUCCACUCCUCCUCAGUGCCCGACUCGCUGCCCUGUCGGGAGGCGCAGUUCGAGGACAUCUACGCCUUUGUGGAGCAGAAGCUGCACGACGGCGAGGGCGGGUGCAUGUACAUCAGCGGCGUGCCGGGCACCGGGAAGACGACGACGCUGUACGAGGUGAAGCGGACGCUGGAGGCGAAUCGCCGCCACCUGCCCGCCUUCAAGAACUCACCGGCCAAAAGCGCUCCGUCUCUCAGGCGCUAA